AUGGUCCUGGUUGGAGGGUAUGAUCCGACAGCGAUGAUCAGUCUUGCCGUGUCUGUAUCGUUGUUGGUGGUGUUAGCUUUUGUAGUUGUUACUUGUGCUGCAAUGUGGUUGAAGAGGGAGCGAAACACAGAGAAAAUAACUGGAGUUGACAUCGAAUUGACAAUCCCAGGUUAUAAAGAUAACUUCUGGGCCGAGUUUCAAACCUUGACCACAAUCGUAUACCAUAAAAUAUCGUUGAACUUCUUGGAGCAUGCUUGCAUCAGGCGACGUCUUCCAACCCGCUGGCUUGCACUUGAAUCUCUGACCAAACAAGAAUACACAACUAAGAGUGAUGUGUGGUCCUUUGGGAUUCUCUUGUGGGAAAUCGUCACUCUUGGUAAACCCUAUCCAGCCAUCAGUGCCAAGUCACUGGCGCGCAAACUCCAGGAGGACUAUCGCAUGGAAAAGCCCAGUAACUGUAAUGAUGAACUGUAA